AUGAGGCUGGAGCGAUUUCAGAAAUCUAGAAAGAUAAUUGAAGCACAGAACCUACAUGAGGUGUUGGAGUUCCCAACUGGACAGUCUCGUGUCCCAUGGCAGUUCAGGCCAGUCCCUGUUACCAUACGUAGUCCUGCCUAUGGUCCAGUACAGGCUUUUGAUCUCAUCAUGAGCUGUUUAAAGGAGCUAAAUGGUGUAGCAUCUAUGACUGUGCCAGUGUACAUCGCAGAGGUUGCUCCACCGCACUUAAGAGGCAGAUUAGUCACCAUUAACACUCUGUUCAUCACUGGAGGGCAGUUUUUUGCAAGUGUUGUUGAUGGAGUCUUCAGCUACCUCGCAAAGGAUGGAUGGAGGUACAUGCUGGGCCUGUCAGCUGUUCCAGCAGUUAUACAGUUUCUUGGAUUCCUGUUUCUUCCUGAAAGUCCCCGCUGGCUCAUUCAGAAAGGCCAGACUCAGAGAGCACGGAGAAUUCUGUCUCAAAUGCGUGGCAACCAGGCAAUCGAUGAGGAGUAUGACAGUAUCAAAAACAACAUUGAAGAAGAAGAAAAAGAAGUUGGAGCAGCUGGACCUGUGAUCUGCAGAAUGCUAACAUACCCUCCAACUCGAAGAGCCUUAAUUGUGGGUUGUGGUCUGCAGAUGUUUCAACAACUGUCAGGGAUUAACACCGUCAUGUAUUACAGUGCUACCAUUCUGCAGAUGUCAGGAGUUGAAGAUGACAGACUGGCCAUCUGGUUGGCUGCACUGACAGCAUUUAUCAACUUCAUUUUUACUCUGGUGGGAGUGUGGCUUGUUGAAAGAAUGGGUCGCCGGAAACUUACACUUGGUAGCCUAGCAGGUACUGCUGUAGCACUCAUUAUCCUAGCUUCGGGAUUUUUGCUAUCAGCUCAGGUCUCACCAAGAAUCACACUUAAUCCACCAGAUCCUUCACAUCAAAACUCUACCUGCACAAAAUACAGUUACUGUAAUGGAUGUAUGUUAGAUCCAGACUGUGGUCUCUGCUACAAACUUAGUAACUCGAGUGUUGUUGAGUCAUCAUGUAUUCCUGUUGAUAAAGAUUCUACAAUGAAAGCUGCAUGGGGCAGAUGUUCAAAUGAAACAGUAUUCAAAAAGGAGGAUUUGUUCUGGGCAUACAAUUUCUGCCCCACUCCAUACUCUUGGACAGCACUUCUGGGCCUUAUUUUAUACUUGGUUUUCUUUGCACCUGGGAUGGGUCCUAUGCCCUGGACUGUCAAUUCUGAAAUUUACCCCCUUUGGGCUAGAAGUACAGGAAACGCGUGUUCCUCUGGAGUCAACUGGGUUUUCAAUGUGCUUGUGUCCCUGACGUUUCUGCACACAGCAGAAUAUCUGACCUACUAUGGAGCCUUCUUCCUCUAUGCAGGGUUUGCUGGCUUGGGACUGGUUUUCAUCUAUGGCUGCCUUCCUGAGACCAAAGGGAAGAAACUAGAGGAAAUUGAGUCUCUGUUUGAAAGCAGGCUGUGUACAUGUGGUAUGUCAGAUUCUGAUGAAGGGAGGUAUAUCGAGUAUAUUCGGGUGAAGGGAAGCAAUUACCAUCUUUCUGACAAUGAUGCUUCUGAUGUGGAAUAA